GAGAGGAACGGGGGGGAGGAGAGAAGCAGCACUGAGUGGUGUGAGACUGAGUGGAGGACUGAAAAAGUCUGUGAAGAAAGACAAGGUCCUUUCUAACGUGAAAUGUCUGUCACAGAAGUAGCAGAGCGGCGCGGCGGAGAGAUGUCAAACGGCGACGAAGAUGCGGUUGAGACGGAAUAAACAGCCACCGGACAGUUAGCAACAAAACUUAGAAGAUUAGGAGAGAGAGGGAGAAAGGCUUCUUCGGGACGGUUGGCCGUUUUCCGCCGCAACUUGAACAGAUUUCAACGCUGCGAGGUUACGGGACGAGAGGACCAGCGAAGUCUUGGCGGAAAAAAAAACAACAAGCCCUUCGCUCUGUUGUUGUUGUUGUUGUUUCUUUUUUGGGGUCGGCCGGGGAGAAAAAGGACCGAGAGAGCGCGGAGACUCGAAAGCGAGAGAAAGCCGCUGAAGCUGCAAAAGUUUGCCGUGUUAUCCCUCAGCUCGUUUCCCAGAUUGGAAAGCGGAGCGGGAGGACGAGGCCGAGAGACUUUUCUUUCUACGACCAACUUCGUGGAAUUCUUCCAGUUUAGCACACUUUGGCUAAGUGCUAAGUGGCUAACACGGGGAGAAUGAAAACACCUGGAGAUAGUGGGUUCGCCUUCCCAGAAUGGGCCUACAAGCCGGAGUCGAGCCCUGGCUCCAGGCAGAUCCAGCUGUGGCACUUCAUCCUGGAGCUGCUCAGGAAAGAGGAGUAUCACGAUGUGAUCGCCUGGCAGGGGGACUACGGCGAGUUUGUCAUCAAGGAUCCAGAUGAAGUGGCCCGGCUCUGGGGUGCCAGGAAGUGCAAACCCCAGAUGAACUACGACAAGCUUAGCAGGGCCCUGAGAUACUACUACAACAAGAGGAUCCUUCAUAAGACCAAAGGCAAGAGGUUCACUUACAAGUUCAACUUCAAUAAACUGGUUUUGGUCAACUACCCCUUCAUCGACAUGGGCUCCACUGGAAGCAGCGUUCCUCAGAGCGCCCCCCCUGUCCCCACUGGCGCAGGGACCCACUUCCGCUUCCCUCCCUCCACACCCUCAGAAGUCCUCUCCCCCAACGAGGACCUUCGCAGCCCUGGCAACAUGUUCAGCUCGGUGGCCCGACGGAUGGCGCGUGGCUCCGUCAGCGACUGCAGCGACGGCACCUCGGUCAAUUCUGAGAUCGAGGAGGGUAACGGGGGAGCUGGAGAGGAGAGGGGCGAGAGGGGUGUGAGCGGAGGAGGGGGGCCCGGCGGUGGAGGAGGCUACAGGAGUAUCAUCCACCCACGUCUCUCUCAUGAAGCCCUGUUCCGCAUGUACGGAGGUCCAGGUAACCCCGCUGGGCACCCGGGCUCCCGAGGCCCCACGGGACACCGCAUCCACCCGGAGCCCCUGUCCCCCUUCCCCGUGUCCCCUCUGCCGGGCCCUGGAGGAGCCACCCUAUUAGCCCCUCCCCUGUCCCCAGCGCUCUCCAUGACUCCCACAUCUCACCUCCCCUACACUCCCUCCCCGACACUGUCGCCAAUGCUAGGCUCGCACUUCUCCUUCAACCCGGAGGACAUGAAGCGCUACCUGCAGGCCCACACCCAGUCAGUGUACAACUACGGCCUCAGCCCCAGAGCCUUCCUCCAGUACCCCAACAUCGUCAUCCCUCAGCCCCACCGGCCCGCCGCCGACAAGGCCGGUCUGACCGCGGACAGAGGAGCGGCCGAGAGGGCGGAGAGAGCCGCGACAGCCGGAGGAGAGAGGGGAGGAGACCGCCACCACCAUCCACCUCUGGCUCACUCGGCCCAUCACCACCCGCAUCCUCCUCACUCCGCCCACCCUCACCCCCACUCCCAUCCCAUGCACCACCCGCUCCACCUGGGCGAGGAGCCCCCGCACAUGUCCCCCUUCAAGUUCAAGCUGCAGCCGCCGCCGCUGGGCAGGAAGCAAAGGGAAGGGCAGAGCCAGAGCAAACCCAGGCAGAGCUCGCUAUCCUCGGGCUCGGGAUCCGGGUCCAUGUCCUCCACCUCUGGCCUCGGCUCCUCGAUGUCAUUUGGCAGCGACCUGAGCUCGGCCAGUGGCUCGGGCCUCAUCUCUGCCUCCUCCUCAACGCAGUCCCUGAACAGUGCAGGACUUCCCAAGAUAAAGGUGGAGCCCAUCUCUGAUAUAGAGUCAGAGGAAGAGGUGGAGGUGACCGACAUUAGCGACGAAGACCCUGAUGAAAGAGAUGAGGAGUACGAGCGCUUCUCCUCUCGCCACUCCAGAGCGUCCGACCAUCACCACCACCACCGCCAUGCUAACGGCUCGACCACAGCUCAGCACCAACCCCAUCUGGACGAGGACCUGGACGAGGAUGUGUUCAAAGCCCCCGCUCCUCCUCCGCCUGGCCUGAUGCCUUUCUUCACCUCCCAGCACUCACACUCCAACGCGCAUCGCAUGCUGCCCACCAUCAAGACCGAACCCACCGAGCCGGGCGAGAGCAACACGCCGCCGUCUCAGGCGGCCGCGGCGGGCGCCCCCCAGACCAAGUGCAUCCCUCUCAAGCUGCGCUUCAAGAGACGCUGGAGCGAGGACCAGCGCAUGGAGGCCUCGCAGGAGGAGUCGGACGACAAGAAAGUACGACCGGAGGAGGAGAGGGAAAGAGAGCGGCAGAGCAACGGUCGGAUGGAGAUGGAGGAGGACGGGACGGGCAGCGGAGAAGGGGACAGUCCUCCGCCGUUGACGUACGAGGGCUCCCUAGCAACUCCGCUGGCCUCACACCGAAGAGUGAGCGCCGAGCUGCAUCGUGCCACCGCACAGCUGUCUCUAGAGAAUAAAGACUGCUGAUGAGAGCCUCAGUCCAAACACUACUGCUCUGGCAGCACAGGAGGUGGUACAAGAGUAUGUAAAUGGUUCCUCUGUAAUCCCUCUCGCACGCUGACAAACUAGAUUCCUCAAACCUCCAGUGACCCGAGAGCACAGUCCAACACCCACACAUAAAAUCAACACCUCAAAGACAGCUUGUUGUGUCAAACCCACCACCAAUCGUCCGUCUGGAUCUGGACUCUCCUGGAGGAGGGACUCGCUCAGACUCAGCCACACCAGCCACAGUGACUGCUGCAGCACGGCUGAAAUCUGACAGAGGCUUUCUCAUGAACCUAGAAUUAAAUCACCCCACCCCACCCCACCCCAACCUGGCCAGUGAAGCUCCAGAUGCCUUGUCCCAGUAGCACAGCGCCCACCUUCAGGCCCCCAUCAGUAGGAUCAACGGCAAGGGAACACUUUCCUCAGGGGACACACACUCCCAACACAUCUAGGUUAAUGAUGUGCACACCCACGCUAGUUUCUUUUCCUACGAGAUGAUGAGACUUUAAGUGCCUGUACCCAAAACCCACAGCCCUGGACUGACAUGGAAGGAGGAGUGUGAGGGAGGAGGGCAAAUCUGAGUAAUCAUUCUUUAACCCGUGAAACAAAAAUUACUGAAAGAGGAAAGAGUAAGACUGAAGAGUGGGGCUGUUGGGUGUCUUCUGACUGACUCUUAUACCUGGCCCACUCCACUCAGGGAAGCCUGUUGCUGUAUGUUUAUCGGAUUCAUGCACAUCAAUACACACAAGCAAAAAAAACAACAAAAAAAACAAAUAAAAAAAAAACACAUUAAAAAAAAACUGGACUUGGGGACUGUAGAGACAGUGUUCACUGCAAGACAUUACACCAAGCACACAGACUCUCUGGCAUACUGAUCUCUCAGAGCUUUUGACUUUUAUAUUACCUUCCUUCUUGACUCUUCUCUCCUGUCCUGCCCCCUCUUUCUCUCGUGGAUCACCUGUGGAAAUGUCACGUCUCCACUCAGAAAUAAUUUUAACCCCAGGGGAAAGGAAAAGGACAAACGACAGCGGCUGAGGGGACCACGAGGGGACGGUGGAAGUGUUUUCACGUGGUUUCAGCAACUUGCCUACUUACCUCAGCUAACAUCAAGAUAGCUGCCCUCGAGUCUCAGCAGCGCGAAAUCCCAGUUCACCAGCUAGAGCUCAUCUAACAAUCAUAUAGAAAGUGUUUAACUAAACCAGCAAACGCACACACGCAGGGAAAAUACUGCCUUCAGCCCUUAAACAUGCUCCGACUCCUCCAGCUCUCCUCGCAGUGGCCUCAGGUUUGGAGAGUGUGUGAGACGGGCAGGCUGGUUAACCAACGCACACACACACACACACACACACAUAUACACAUAUACACAUACACAUUGCCUCUCUAUGCCUUGUUUUUAUAGCAUGUACAAAAGUGCAAACUGAGCUCUAAUAACACACCCACACAGACUUUAUAUAUUCUAAAUGAGAUUAUAAAAGAAGAGUCAAAUUUUAAAAAGCAUUUUAAUGAUGUGACUGAUUCAGGAUUUUUUUUUUUUUUUUUAAUUUUAUUUUGGAAGUGGAAAUUUUUGAAUGGUGAGACAUGUCAGGCCACUCACUAUGGUAUUGAGGGCGGCGGUGGGGCGGGUUUUUCACUUGUACAUUUGUUUCAUAGCUAAUCAAGCCAGAGGGAAAGAAAAAAAACAGCACAGGCCAGUCCAACAGAGUCAGACCAGCAAGAAGGAAAAGAAAAAAGAAAAAAAAAAAAAUCAGGGCUCGAACAGACUGCUAAUGAUUCAGAUGUGAGGCUCUCUCUGACGUUCACUUCAUUUGUAGUAGCUCGCCCUUUCAGCUCUCUGCUCCUUCCUGUCUGCAGUCUAGCUCAGCUCGGCAGGAGUCUUUGAGCAGCCCUGGCCCCGGGCCACCUCUCCGGCCGCCUGCACGUGUGUGCACGCCUAGAGGUAUCACGGGUUAUUAGUGAAGUAGUAAUCCUGUCUUUUCUUUUAGGACAGUUAGCAUAAUGCUCCAAAGUUCACAUCAGCUCUGGCCUGUAGGUUAAUCAUUACUGUAAAAUAGCUUGGAAAAGUCAGAUGUGUGAGGCCCUGUCCUGGAGCACCCUGUCCUCAACACACACACGCACGCACGCACGCACACACGUACGUACAUACAUAUAUGUCUGUGACAUGUUUUAACAUCAUGUACUCGCUUCUGCUGGCCAGUCACACAGGUGUCUGAUUGGUUAACUGAGCCGUGUUGACCAGCGGCCUAUCCCAGUCUGGCUUGGCAACAAAAUAGAUCUAUAGCGGCGAGCUGCGAGAUAGACAGCCCGAGGGCCGUCUGUGUAGCUGAGUUGAUUGAAUUUCCUCAUCAGACCCCUGUGGUCUUGACCAGAGCAUGUCACAACAUGCACAGCCACCCCCACCACGUCCUGUGUCUGUAUUUGAACUGACAGAUGCCUUACUUCUACUUUUCAUAUCUCGGCAGCAGAUAGGACGUCAGUUUUACCUGCGCUCUUUCUCUCUUCUUACCGUUUCAUUUUUUCCUCGCUCUGUUUCGGUCGUUGUCUAACUUCCUGCUAACUGCAGCCUGAUCUGACUCAGACAUGAUAUUGCAGGGUAAAGAGAUUGAUCGAGUCUGAAGCACCAACUCUCAUCCUGUUUCAGGCCUCAGCAGUCCGACAAACAGCACAAAGAUUACAAGUCUCUAUCAAAAGAAUAAAAGUUUCUUGGUUUAUUUUUCUGAUGUCAAUAUUGCUAUUGAUUAUUGUUGUUGUUAUUAUUGUCCUCAUUGGGUUAUUUACCUCUUCACCUGGCAUUAUUAUUAUGAUUAUUCCAUGGCUCUGUUAGCUGUAGCUUUUUAUGUUGUGUACAUCACUUUGGAUGAUGUUGAACGCCCCCAGACUCCAUUCCCUGUUUUAAACUUUCUAGCCUCCGAACCAGAAACCCUUUCCUGUCUUUACAAAAUAAUGUAAUAUAACUAAAAUGUGUAAUAUUAAUUUUGAUGCUGACAGAGAAAUAACAUUGGGGGUGAUUGAGAGGAAAGGGCAGCAACGGAGGAUUUUCUUUAGUGGCAUACGGGGAGCGAUUUUAUCUUUUUUUUGUCUUGUAUUGUAAUUUUAAUUUUAUAUUUUUUCUCUUGUAUAUUUUUUUUCUUGGGGGGUGUUGUAUCAUUUUAAAAGAUGAAAAAAGAUGUGUAUUGUUUUACUAUGUAAAGGUCUAUCUUCUCCCUUCUUUCAGUCUUUCACCUCUUCUCCCUUGAGCAGUUGCAUAACACUCAGACGGAGAGAGUUAAUACCAUGAUGUAACAUUGAAUUUCUCCACUUCUUUUGUGUUUUUUUUUUUUUUUCCAAACUUGUAAUUAAGCUGUAAUCAGGGUUAAUUAAAACCGGUUAAAACCCAGUACAAAUAUUA